UUCCCUCGAAAACAUCGUUUGUUCGCUAAGAGGAAAAUCGUCUGAUGUCGCCAAUCAUCUGGCAUUUCGCUCGGUGUAUUAGUGCACAGUUGUUGGCAACACCGUGAUGAUUAUUGCGUAAAGUUCGAUUUUAGUUCGUAGAACUCUGCUUGUCAAAUUUCCACGCUUGCUUGUUCGAAGUUCUACUAAACUGUUAGCGUUGCAGAUCUAAUUUAGUUUGCUUGCUUGGUACUAAUUUUUAAAAGAAUAUUCCUGUUUUGGAUGUUUUUUGCUUCUUUAAGGAUUUAUCGUCACUGAUAUUGCUUUCAACAGUUGAAAAGUAAUAAAGUUACCAGUGAUCCUUUCUAUGUCAUUUCCAUUUUCAAGGAAUUAAAAACGUUCAAAUCCAAGAAUAAAUUGAAAAGGGGAACCGGUGGAGGUUUCGGAACUUCUCAUCUGGUGUUUGACUUCCUAUCGACGCGGUGUUAACGGCCCUUCUGCAUCUGGAAAGACCACCCUUGAAGUUCGUACAAUGUUUAUCUGUGUUGAUGGUAACACCAGAAUAUGAGUUGGGUCGAAGAAGAUUGGAAAAAAUAACUCGUUGACUUUUAUCAAAAUCAGUUGGCACAAAACUUGGGACUAUCAAAUCUGCCAAAGGAAAGAGUUAUUUCCCUAAUCAAUGAGUCAAUUUUCUUCGUCGGACCUUUGAACAUCACAGAAAAUAAGCAGAUACUUGCCAAUCCAUGAAUCGCUUUCUGCAAUAUUUUAUUCACCCUGAAGAAUCUUAAUAUUUGAAUUAAAGAAGUAAAGUUAUUACAUAUCCAGUGUGAAUGUCCUUGCGUGCUGCUGCUACAGCUAUUCUUCAACCGAAUCACCAGUGCCAAGGUUUAUAGGAUACUCUCAUAGGAUACAGCAGAAUUUCUUUAGGAGCCAAAACUAUGAUGACCAGAUUAGUACUGAUUUCAAGCAAACAAUGUCAAACGAAGGACACUGCUGAUCAUCUCAUGAAGUGACAUCUGUUUUAGUUAGAAGCAUUCUCAAACUUCCUAAGUGCAGCUAGGUUACAAAACAAAACUCUAAAAGGAAUUUGCUUUUCCAAAAAGUUUUGAAUUUUACUUAAAACCAUGAUGAAAUUACGUCUCUACACGUGUAAAAUUGUGUUAGCCACAUCUUUGGUCUGGUUUAUCUGUGGUGUUAUUCUUAUGAUGUAUUAUACGGAUUGUAUUGGUGAUAACAGUGAAGCCUGCCAAUCCUUCAGGAAUCAAAAAGUGAACAGUAUAUCUUUGAGAGCCCAAAAAUUCUUCAGACUCACAGAACCUUCAACAACAUCUGCAGAUGAAAACUUCCGAUUCUGGAGUCCUGUCGUGGUCAACAGCAAUCCAAGUCACUGGCCCGGCGAGAUGGGUCGCGCCGUCAUCAUUCCACCAGAAGAGGAAGAUCUGCGCAAAGAAAAAUUCAAACUCAAUCAAUUCAACCUUCUGGCUUCCGACAGGAUAGCUCUGAACCGGACGCUGCCGGAUGUCCGGGCCGAAGGGUGUAAAAAUAAGAAUUAUGCUCAGAAGCUUCCAUCCACCAGCAUCGUCAUCGUGUUCCACAAUGAAGCGUGGUCGACACUCCUGCGGACAAUCCACAGCGUCAUCAGGAUGUCUCCCAAGGAGCUCAUCGAAGAAAUCAUCCUAGUGGAUGACGCAAGCGAAAAAGAUUAUCUUGGACAACCUCUCGAGGAAUACGUUUCCAAAUUGCCUGUGCCCAUUAAAAUCUUGAGGACAGGCAAGAGGUCUGGACUCAUCAGAGCUCGUUUAAUAGGUGCUGCCCAAGCUCGAGGUCAGGUGAUCACUUUCUUGGACGCUCACUGCGAAUGCACUGUCGGGUGGUUGGAGCCCCUUUUGGACAGGAUAGCUGAAGACAGGACCCGUGUGGUGUGCCCCAUCAUCGAUGUCAUCAGCGACGCUACCUUCGAGUACGUCCCAGCUUCUGACAUGACGUGGGGCGGCUUCAACUGGAAGAUGAACUUCCGCUGGUACAGAGUGCCCCAGCGAGAAGUCGAUCGCCGGCAUGGAGACCGCACGUUGCCCGUCAGGACUCCAACAAUGGCUGGUGGAUUGUUUUCGAUCGAUAAAGAUUACUUUGAAAAAAUUGGCAAGUACGACGAAGGAAUGGAUAUAUGGGGAGGAGAGAACUUGGAAUUGUCUUUCAGGAUAUGGAUGUGCGGUGGCACCUUAGAGAUAGUUACUUGUUCUCAUGUUGGACAUGUGUUCAGAAAAUCUACACCUUAUACAUUUCCUGGUGGUACUAGUAAAAUAGUUAAUCAUAAUAAUGCGAGACUUGCGGAAGUAUGGUUAGACGAAUGGAAAGAUUUCUUUUAUGCUAUUAAUCCUGUUGCCAAAAAAGUUGCUGCUGGAAAUGUGACAGAGCGCAAAGAGCUUAGAAAAAAACUACAAUGUAAAUCAUUCCGAUGGUAUCUAGAAAAUAUAUAUCCUGAAUCCCAGAUGCCCUUAGAUUAUUACCACCUUGGUGAAAUCAGAAAUGAAUUUACAAAUAAAUGCUUAGAUACUUAUAAUAGGAAGAGUGGCGAAAAUGUAGCAGUAAGCCAUUGUCAUGGCAUGGGUGGAAAUCAGAAUUUCUUUCAGGUAUUUGCUUACACCAAAAGAAAGCAGAUAAUGUCUGAUGAUAACUGUUUAGAUGCAUCAUCCUAUCGUGGACCUGUAAAAUUAGUUCGCUGCCAUGGUAUGGGUGGGAAUCAAAUGUGGGAGUAUGAUGAACAGGAAAAAACAAUUCAGCAUGUAAAUUCUGGUAAAUGUCUUGAUAAACCUGAAUCUAAAGACCCUACACUUCCUGUCCUGAAGGAUUGUGAUGGGAGUUUGUCUCAGAUAUGGAUAAUGAAAGGCAAAUUCAAGUGGCAAGUUUCCUAGAUUUCUACUGCCCAACAACGAUCAAACCUAAAACUUAAGUAAAACGGAUGCACAAGGUCCUUGGAACACAUCUGCAGUAUUAUGAACUCUGUUUUUCAUCACUUGCUUAGUUCCUUGGAAUUCUUCAAGAAUUUAGAAUUAUGGGGGUAUUUUUUGAUGCAUUAAAUGCAAGCCUCAAGAAAAACUGUUAUUUAUUAUUGUGUUUAUAUAAAUUUUAUAGUUCCUGAAAUGUACAUCAUUUUGAUUUCCAUUAUCAAAAUUGUUACAAUUUAUUUAUUUUUAAUUAUUUAUUUACAAGAUUUUGAAUUAUAUGAAAAGAAAAUUCCAAAGAAUUUAAGAUAUGAGAGCAAUGAAUUGUGUUUCAGAAAUGUAAAUAUUUGUUCAUAUAUAAAUAUACUUGUCUGAGAUAUUUUAAGAUUAAGGUGGUCUUAGACUGAAAUAUGUAUAAAAAUGUGAUAAUUAUGUUUGUCUGUUUUUAAAUUAUCCAAGUUCUGUAUAAUGUGAGAAAUUUCUUAUUAUAACUCUAACCUAACAUUAAUUUGUCAGUUACAAAAAAAACAUUAUGUAAUCUUUUUGUCAUAUACUCAACUUUUCUUUAAUAUAUAAAACACAGUGUCCAAGAAUUACUGGGCUUAUUUAAAAAUUAAGCUUUUAUAAAGGUAGAAAGAUAAGUAUAAAAUGUCUGUACUACUAACUUCAAAGCCGAUAAAUUUGGAUGUGGCAUCUUUUAAUUGCUCGUGAUAUCUCCAAGUGAAGUUCAGUUUCACACCACGUGUUGGCAAGCAAAUGCAAAGUUAUAGAAUUAAUAGCAUUUGAUAUAUUGCUUCAUUUUUCUGAAUUAAUGCUAAGCAUUUAAUCAAUGUGUUAACAUAAUCUCACAUAAAAAAAGAAGUAAAGGGAGCUAUAUAUGGUGACAAAGAAGGCCAUGGCCUAUCAUUCUGAUUAGAGAUUUCACAUGCAGUCCCCAAAUAGUUACACCUAGUAUCUUUUGGAUUAUGAUACUAAAUGUUCUGCAAACAAAAUCUAUUUAAUAGUGCAUAACAUAAAAAAAUAACUUCUACUCAGAGAAUUUUUACAUAAUGUUGCAUUAUGCCCAUUAGUUUUUAGACACUGAGAUUUAUAAUUUUCUUAUAUUAGACACUCUGAAUUUUAUAUAUAAAUUUAACCGAAUCUUCUUUAAUGUUUAACAGCUUAUUUCAUAAUUUCACUAAAAUUUAAACACAUAUGUUCUUUGUCAAUUUUUUAUGGUUUUUAAUUGAAUUUAUUAUUUUUUUUAAAAAAUUCACUCAGUAAAUUGUUAAAUCUUUUGAAAGUUUUAGUAUUUAAAAUAUAUUUUAUAUUUUGUGUUUAAUGACAUUCAGUGAAAUGAAAAAUAUUUCUUAUUUCUAAAUCUAUGACCACUUUAAGAAUGCAUCAUUCCAUUUAUUGAAUAUAAACUAUACUUUUAUAUAAAAUAAAUUAUUAGCCAAGUAUUUUAAAAUGAAAUAUUAUGUCAUUAUAUGGUGCUGUCAGCAGGUGACUCCUUUGUGCACAUGAUAAUGGAGGCAUUAAUUUGCUUUUGUUUCUAUGUGCCAAUGUAGGCAUUAAUACAUUUGUGAUAUCAUUGUCCUCUAUUCUAAAAUAUUAUUUGUAGUGUGGAUUGUCUACUUUAUAUCUGUUUAGGAAAAAUCAUGCGAUUCUGAAAAUAUUAUUUACUAUGAUUAUUUCACUACAUAAAAGAAGUUACUUUUUCUCUUUCAA